CCGCCGGGUGAGGGCUGCGCGAGCGCUUCAGCCGUGGAGCGGAGCGCCAUGGCGCAGUUCGUGUUCGAGGCGGACCUGCACGGGCUGCUGAAGCUGGACACGCCGAUCCCCAACGCGCCGCCCGCGCGGUGGCAGCGCAAGGCCAAGGAGAGUGGCGCCCCCGGGCCCAGCCCCGCCGCCGGCUUGUCGCCCAUGAAGCCUGCCAAUCGCUCCUACAGCUCCAGCAAGACGCCGUCCAGGACACCCGGUAAAUCUGGAUCCAAAAUCCAGAGCACCCCAACAAAGGCUGGGGGUGAUCGCUACAUUCCCAGCCGAAGCACCAUGCAGAUGGAUAUGGCCAAUUUCCUCCUAACCAAAGAGAAUGACCCUGCUGAGGAGUCCCCUACCAAGAAGGAGCAACAGAAAGCCUGGGCAGUGAAUCUGAAUGGCUUUGAUAUAGAAGAGGCGAAGAUCCUCCGCCUCAGUGGAAAGCCACAGAAUGCUCCAGAAGGCUAUCAGAAUAACCUGAAAGUGCUCUAUAGUCAGAAAAUGACCCCUGGCUCCAGCAAGAAGAACGGCAGAUACAUUCCCUCCAUGCCAGACCGGAUCCUGGAUGCACCAGAGAUCCGCAAUGACUAUUAUCUGAAUCUCAUUGACUGGAGCUCUCAGAACUUCCUGGCAGUGGCUCUGGACAACUCUGUCUAUCUGUGGAAUCAUGCUUCUGGGGAGAUUAUCCAGCUGCUGCAGAUGGAGCAUCCAGAUGAUUACAUUUCCUCAGUGUCAUGGAUUAAAGAAGGAAACUACCUUGCUGUUGGCACAAGUAAUGCUGAGGUCCAGCUCUGGGACAUACAGCAGCAGAAACGUCUCCGAAAUAUGACCAGCCAUUCUUCCCGUGUGGGGACCCUCAGCUGGAACAGCUACAUCCUCUCCAGUGGGGCUCGGACUGGCCACAUCCACCACCACGAUGUCAGAGUGGCUGAGCAUCAUGUGGCCACACUUGCUGGCCACACACAGGAGGUGUGUGGACUGAAGUGGUCUCUCGAUGGCCGCUACCUGGCCAGUGGUGGCAAUGACAACCUGGUGAACAUCUGGCCAUGCACCCAGGGGGACAGUGGAGACUUUACACCUGUACAGACCUUCACUCAGCACCAGGGUGCUGUCAAGGCUGUGGCGUGGUGUCCCUGGCAGUCAAAUGUUCUAGCCACCGGAGGUGGGACUAGUGAUAGACAUAUCCGCAUUUGGAAUGUGUGUUCUGGCACCUGCCUCACUGCUGUUGAUGCCCAUUCCCAGGUCUGUUCUAUUUUGUGGUCAACAAACUACAAGGAGUUCAUUUCGGGCCAUGGCUUUGCACAAAACCAGCUGGUUAUAUGGAAGUAUCCAACGAUGGCCAAGGUCACUGAGCUUCGAGGUCACACUGCCAGAGUCUUGAACCUGACUAUGAGUCCCGAUGGUGCAACAGUGGCCUCAGCAGCUGCUGAUGAAACACUGCGGCUAUGGCGCUGUUUUGAGUUGGACCCCAUAAAGAAGAAGGAGAAGGAAAAGGCAAACAGUGCCAAAAGUAGCAUUAUUCACCAGGGCAUUCGAUGAGUGCACAGGGCUGUUGUGGGGAGUGGGGAGUAUUUAGCUUGCACACUGUACAGUAUUUUAAAAGUUAAUAAAAUGCUUUGACUCUU